AUGCAGGACGCAGGUGCCAAAUGGGGAUACGUGUGUCCACCAAUCCGUCUUAUCUUUAGGAGGACAGUAGCAUCAACAAUUAAUAAUUACAAACGUCCAUACCUUGGUAUUAUAAACCAUCAAGAGGGAAAUAAACGGGUCAAAGACGAGCUGAGGAGUGGACGAACAUCUUUUCUUGGGUUUUGUGGAUUUGUCAACAUGGACCUGCCGGUGCUUCCCAUUGCCAGGUUGGAUGUGGAUGUGGAUCUUGGUUUUGCCCUCUUCUUCUUCUUCCUCCUCUGCUUCUUCCUGUUGGUGACCAUAGUGCGCUGUGCUCAGAUGGUGCUGGACCCUUACAGCUCCAUCUCUGUUACUACAUACCAGGAGGAGCAAACAGAGGAGUGA